CCUGCGAGAGAACGAGACAGAAUAUAGCUAUACAGUUUUUCCUAUUCUCAGUCUUUGAUUCGUAGUCCCCGCUCCUGGCUACUAAGCUUUUUGUGUGUGUGUGUCAAAGCAAAGGCAAGCUCUGCGCGUGGCAUGAUGUUGCUAUGUCAGAGCGUUGCUACGUUAACCAUCAACGGUUUUUCAUAACCAACAUAAUCAACCAACCGUACUUUGUCCAUUACAAAAAAAAUUUUCCUAUUUCUUCACUGGACGUCUACGGCGAUACAUCUUAGACAAUCUGUGAAUAAAUAACAUUACAAGCAACUAAGAGUUGACGAAAUUCGACAAACAAGGUUAAGUUCCACACUAUCAUUUAUAUUUAUUAUAAAUAAGACUUCAUCGUUGCAUUUGCAUACAGGCGAAGUCAAAAGAAGGUAAGCUACAUGUCCUAUUUUUGCUUGGACGAUAUUAUAUUUUUUAUAUAUAAACUAGGGUUUUUUAGGAAGGGAAUCUUUCCUUUAACGAACAAAUAAGGUUUUAUUAUACCAUCUAUUAGGUUCGAUCACAUGUUUUAUUUUUCAUUUUAAUUUCUCUCAUUUUCCCCUCAUCAUAGCUUUUCGUUUAGGCCAGAAGACUUUAUUUUUCAUAUAUCUGUUUAACAAUAAAAAAAAAUGCCGCAAACUAGAGAAAAAAAGUGUGAAAUUAAGCAGAAAAACACGAUAAGGAAGAUUCCAAAGAGUUCAACAGAAUGUGUUCGUACAUUUCGUGCACUCCAAAAGGCGUUAUUAAAUGUGCAGAAUAAUAUCUCUAAUGCGGGUAAUAAUGCGUCCACUAUUAGAAAUAGUGAAAACGAUCAUCAUGAUUCGCAAUUGGAUAUUGUGAAUUGUGAUUCAAGUGUCUCUUUACUGAAAAAUAACGCCGAACAGUGUCGUGAAAAUCUGCAGAAAGAAAAUAUUAGCAAAGUUUCAAAGAGUUCGACGGAACGCGUCGUGCAUUUCGUGCACGCAGAGAGGUGUUUAAUUACCAUACAUAUUUUAGUUACCUCAUUUCUUCAAAUUGAGAACUUGCUUAUUGUGUAAUAUGUUAUGUAUUAUAUGUCAAUAAAACGUAAA